AUGCUCGUUUUAGCUAUGCAGCAAUUGACAUGCCAUCAUGACACCCCUCCUGACAGAUACCACACCUGCAUCAACACCCACCAUGCAGCCUACUCCGAGAACAAUCUACCCCCUCUCCUCUUCCGCCUGGAGGCACCACCAUUCGAUGAUCUCCCUCCGCUCCCAAACCUCGUCGAGAACAACCAAGUCAUCAAAGACCACGACGGCCGCCCCCUCCGCGCCUUUCCCUUCCUACCAAGAUACAUCUCCAUCCGCCCCUCAGCCUGGCUCCUCGAGUACUGGAUGCGCACAGACCCACGCCUCACAUACCGCGACAUCAAGGCGCGGAUGGUCGUCCCUGCAGCGCAGCGCCCGCGCGAGAACACCCUCAACAUGCGCCGCGAACGCCAGUGCCGAAAUCCACUGGCGCUAUCAUGCUGGGCGAGCCACCGUCGCGCCGUGGGGAAAGUCGAGGUCGAGCGUGUUGCGCGCUGGUCGCUGGACCAGAUUAGGUAUAACACGACUAUGGACAUCGAGUACGGGAGGGGCGCUGGCUCUGGCCCUGCCGACCAGCGGACUGCCGUGCGGCUGCGCUCCAGGACUCUGGCUGGUGGCGUGCCGGCGCACUACCCUCUGGAUUUGUUUCUGGAGGGUGGCGAGGUUCAUGUUCCAAGCCGGCGGAUCCGCGAGGCGUUGAGUCUCUUCUGGCAGUUGUCUGAGAGGGCUUCGCGGCUCCGGCUUGGGAGUUGGAGGCUGCUUCCGGCUGAGGAGCUCCCUGAAGCGUGGCGGCGUUGGGCGCAGCGUGGGAAUGUGGGCGAAGAGAGAGAUGUGGAGGCUGGUUCAAGGCGAUCUGACAGUGUCUAG